AUGUCGGAAGAGACAAAGGCGAUCAUGAAAACAGAAGGUUCAAAGGCGGCAGUUUCAGCGUUUCAACUGGCAUCAACCGAGAACCCUGGCGCGAUCAUAGCACAAGUUCAAUUUAACGGAGAAAACUUUGAUGAAUGGGCUCAGGCGAUGCGGACUGCACUGCGAGUCAAGAAGAAGUACGGUUUUGUUGACGGAACCGUCUCAAAACCGGGUGAAGAUGAAGCCGACUAUGAAGAUUGGUUAUCGGAAGAUCCAAAGGAGCUUUGGAUGGAGAUAAAAGAUCGUUUCUCUGAAGGAAAUGGACCAAGAAUUCAAGAGAUUAAGACGGAACUUGCUUAUUGCUGCCAAGGAAAUAUGAGUGUGAUUGAAUACUAUGGGAAGCUGCAGAUGUUGUGGGAAGAUCUGGCUAAUUAUGACAAGGUCAUAUCUUGCAAGUGUGGAGGAUGCUCCUGCAACAUCAAUGUCGAACUGGAGAAGAAGAGAGAGGAUGAUCGAAUCCAUCAAUUCUUCCUUGGACUUGACACGGCUUUAUAUGGAGGAGUGAGAACUUCGAUCAUCAGCACUGAUCCUCUUCCAAACAUGAAUCAAGUGUACUCAAAAGUGAAGUCAGUGGAGCAAGUGAGCAUUGUCAUGAGAGGAAGAGAACAAGAGAACACACAAGUAGCAUUCGCAGUUCGAGGAGAAAACCACAUGGGUGGUAAAGAAGAAAAGGGAAAGAUGGUGUGUUCAGUAUGUAAGAAAUCUGGACACACAGUGGAUACUUGUUUUCAAGUGAUCGGGUAUCCAGAGUGGUGGAGUGAGCGACCUCGAGGCAUUGGAGGAUUUGCACGAGGAGGAGGUCGCCAAGGAAACGGAAGAGGACGUGGCGGAAUGGCUCGUGCAAACGUGAUGGUUGCACAAGAUGGAGCCGAGACGAGUGGGGAAGCUGAGAGGAGUGGCUAUACAGGGCUAACAAACGAGCAAUGGGGAACACUCGUCAAACUCCUUGAGAGCAGUAAGGGAAACACACCUCGUCUCAGUGGUAAGUCUCUCUCACUUGAUUGGGUCAUAGACACUGGAGCUACAAAUCACAUGACAUGUUUUAGUGAUUUGUUGUUAAACCGAAAAUAUAUACUGCCAUGUACAAUAGGGUUGCCAAAUGGAGAAAAUAGUUUGGCAAAAGAAAAGGGAACAGUGAGUUUUGAUGAUGAGUUUGAACUGAGAAAUGUCCUGUUUGUGCCAGGACUGAAAUGCAACUUGAUAUCUGUGUCACAACGUGUUGCCGAUUUAGAUGUGGUAAUGCAGAUUGCUAAUAAGGGGUGUGUGAUUCAUGACCGUAUAACGAGGAGUGUGACUGGAGCAGGAGAACUUAAGAAUGGACUGUAUUUCUUCCGUCGAUUGAGAGAGUUUCGAGUCUUGCAUUUGAAUAAAGAUGGAGCUGAAGAUCUUUGGCAUAAAAGGCUUGGGCAUCCUUCCAAUGGUGUUUUUGAUUUACUUCCUGUUGUUGGUAGUAGGAAUAAGGAUUUUUCAGUUUGUGACAUUUGUUUAAAGGCUAAACAUUGCCGUGAGGUUUUUCAUACCAGUGAUAAUAAAAGUGAUGGAGUUUUUGAUAUGAUACAUGUUGAUUUAUGGGGUCCAUAUCGACGUCCAACUCUGUGCAAUUCUUACUACUUUCUGACUAUUGUGGAUGAUUUCUCGAGAGGAGUUUGGGUUUAUUUGUUGUGA